GCAUUUCACUCGUUGCCCGAAUACACGCCGUUACCUUUCGUACUGCCAAAUAUGUAUAAUUUUUAUUCGACAGUUCCUCUGUAUCCUUGAGACGAAUUGAUGUUCGACAAUCGAAAAGAAAGGUUGACGUUGAUCCUGUGAUGUUUAAAUAUUGAAUUCGAUAAAAUAUCCAAACAAUGUCGACGAAUUCACUUUAUCCCGGUACCACGAACGGGGUAUGCGUAACAUCCAUCAUCAAAGAUAAAAUCCGCGAAUACAUGAUGAGCGAUUCAUCCCAGCAAAUCGUAAAAUCGCCGGCGGAAAUUUCAAUUUGCGAAGUAGAAAAGGAUAAAGUCGAUUCUGUGAUCCACGAAACCAAAAACAUCAAUAAACAAGACCCAGUUUCCACGACAGAUCUAGUGCUUCCAAGUUCUCUGGCUGUAUCAAUGCACAAUUCUACCGAACCGUGUCCUCACAGACAAGAUAUAGUUACCUCUGUUAGAAGAAUAGGUAAUUCUUUAGAUGCUCUUUUACAAGAAAGUAAAAAAGCUUCUCGAACGAAGCCUAUCAAAAAGUCCAGUUUAACCAAUCAGCAGCAAAACGCAGAUAGGCUUUUUAUUUCGAGCGAUCAAAUACGUAGUAGAAAAAGCGUAUCUUUGCACGAUAUAUGCGAAGAAUACAUUCAGUUUAUUACUGUUAAUUCGUCAGCGUCGGCCGAUGAAGAAGCGAUCAGUACUACUUCGGGAAAUGAAGCCGAUAUGAAUAUUAAGAAUGAAGAAAUCGAAUUGGAAAUCAUUCCUGUUAGCGCCGCUUCGAUUCGAAAUAGUCAAAUUAGCGUUAUUACAAUCAAUGAAAAUUCACCCAGAAAGCCCGUCAACAGCGUAAUUAUACAAAGCGUGGAGGAGAUGCAUGUGGCAGUGGAAAACGAAUGCGAAAAGUCGAACGGCGAAAACGAAAGUAACGUCGUAGUUGACAAGUUGACAACCGAGGUCGUCGAAAAGGCUGCCCCAGGAAGCGAUUCGGAUCUCGUGAUCAAGAAUGCGGUAACCGAAGUCGUCGAAAAAACUAUCCCAGCCGGCGAUUCGGAUAUACUCGCGAAUCUGGCAACAACCGAGGUAGUCAAGAAAGAUGCUCCCGGCAGUGAUUCAGAAGUAUUCGCUGGUCUGAACGGUGUCAAGACUCCGGUAGAAGCAGUCACCGCUGCCGGAGAACCGCAGCCGAACAUCGCUUCCGUAAUCAAAGAACAAGAAAAAGAAAACAAGGUCGACCAAAAGAAAGAACAACCUGUCAGCGGCGAUGGUGUCGACGUCGCCUCCGAUAUUGACGGUGAAAAACCCCAAGAACCCCCCGCCAUUGUCUCGAAUGGCGUUAGCUGCGACGUCAACGACGAUAUCGAAGAAGAAGACAUCGUAGACGAAGACGACGUCGUCGACGAACUCUCUCCAUCUUCGCAAUUCACCGAUGCCAAAGAAGAACAAUCACCAGCGUCGCUGCCUUCCUCGGUAUCUGAAGUUGAAUCUAAAGAACCCCUAUCGGUUGCAGAACCACUGCGAAAAGAUUCUCAGGCGGAAGCGGUGGUAAGCAAUGAGGCGAAAUCACCGGCUACGGUCGAACAAAAUGGAUCACCAGCUAACGAAAUUGCCGAAAAAAUGGAAACCGACGUCGAAGAAGUGGCCGAGCAGAAAUCGCCCGUUGUCGAAGAAGAUAGCGCCGCAGCAGCAGUAGCCGGCGAUGAUGAUAAAAUGGAAACCGAAGAAACGAAAAGUGACGCGACGCCGGAAACCGUACCUGUACCAUCUCCAGCGGCAGAAUUAUCGCCUUCGCCGGCUGUGGCUGUGGCUAUUGAAAAAGCACCAGAACCCGUUACCGUUCCGAAAGAUACGUCUUUGGAAAAGAAACCCCACCUUGCUGUUAUUGUCCGUGACAAACCAUGUGCUGUGGUCGCCGCUACUAAUUUUGGCGUCGCCGAAACCGUCGACGACAAGAUGGAUACCACCGAUGCUGAACCUGUGAUCAAAACCAACGAUGACCAAAGCGUUAAACCGCCCACCGUAGUAGACGAAUCGAAAGCCGAAGAAGCGAAACCGGCCGUCGAAAUCAAACCAGUCGAAAGCGCCGAAAAAGAUAAAACACCCGAAACCAAUAUUAUCAAACCUGUCGAAGAUCCAGUUCCCGAAACGAAAAUCGAAAAGAAACCAGCCGAGCCCGAAAAAGAACCAGCUGCAAAAGAAACCGCAACCGUGGCCAGCGUUAAACGAAAAGCCACCGCAGAUACGGCCGAAGAACCGGAGCAAGAUCGCGACGGUGGUAUCAGCAGCAGCAGUAGUCACAGCAGUAGCAGCGAGGCAGAUAAUACUCAAGAUUGUAAAAGAAUACGUUUCGACGAGUCGAUAUUCGAAGAAGACGAACGAGAAAGACUAAUUCGCGAAUUCGUCGAAAGAUCUACCGAAACUUCCGACGAGAUCGGUAAAAAUUGUGAUAAAUUGCAGCACGAAAUCGCAGCCCUAUCCGAUCUCGCCCGAGCGAAAGAAUUGGAAUGGAAUUCUAUUAUGAGAUUAUUAAAAUUGAAAGAAGAAAUGCUGGAAAGAAUCCUGUUCAAGAAACGUCAUAUAGAUUGUCAAAAUAAGCCUGAUUUAGAAAUAAAUGUGAAUAAAAUGUACAAGAAUUUCGUCACGUCAUCGACAACGUCUACUGAUCAAAAAUCAAAUCGAAGCGAAACUAGCACCCCGACCAAUAUCAACAACCACGUAUCAGUUGUACCGAUCGGCUCGUCGAUAUCAGCAGCAUCGGCAGCUGCAGCUGCAUCAGCUUCCGCCACGUCCGGCAGCAACCUAUCGAAUGCGGCGACUGCACCUCAAGACUUAUAUAACAGCGGCAGCGGUAAAUCAUCGUCGGCGAUCAAUUCCACCCUUACGUCGGAGUCUCUAGGAGGCAAAUCACGACCUCUGCAUAGGCCGAUUUUACCCAAACCGUCGAUGACGUCCGCUUCGCAGGCGGCCGCAGCUCAAUCAUCGUCGCACGUCUCGCAUACGCUACAUGCGGCCGUUCAACAGGCUGCGGCAGCAGCUGCCGCCCAGCAUAUGGCCCAGCCACCGCAUUCGUCGUCGUCGCAACAGCAGCAGCAGCAGCAUAUGCAGCAACAGCAUCAGGCGCAGUCGAAUAUGAUGCAAUCGAACGCCGCGUCUAUGUUAGUCGAUCAAAAUUCCAUUAUCGGCGAAGGUCGUCAGGGACCUAUUUUAGAUGUGAAAUCCAUUAUCGCCGAUUUCCGUUCCAAGAAUCCGGAUUCGCUGCCGAGAAGAGGACGUAGAAAUUUACCGUUCGGUGCUCGGGGUAUACCGGAUAAUGGACCUGGUCCGCGAUUCAUGGGUAAUACUUCGUUGCUGAGUAUGGCUAAUAUUGCUUUGGGCUCUGGGAGCCAUAUUCGUACAUCUGUGACGUCGACUACGCAUAACGAUCAUCGGCCGAAUAGUUUCAUGAUGGGCCAAGAUAACUCAGUUCCAACGUCUCUAACGCGAACGGAGAUGCAAAUGCGACAUCCGACCAUCGAUUCGUUAAUGUUAUCGGUUAACCAAGCGGCGGCGGCGGCUGCCGCCUCCGGUAACUCUAGUCAGCCGAAUAGUAGUACUAAUUCUAGUGGUAAUAGUAAUAGUAAUAACGAUUAUUUCCGCGAAACGUUGGUCAAAAUCGCCAAGCUGAACGAAAAACGCGAAAUGUCGAACGCGGCCGCUCUCCACAUGGGCGGCAACAACAAAGGAGGCGGCGGAUCGCAUCUGCCUCCUCCGCCGCCUUACCCGGAGGUUACCCUGCAUCCGGUACUCGUUCCUCAAUCGUCGGGCUCACCCCCAGUGCAGAAUUCCCUUUUGCAUGGUAUUCUGACGAAAUCAAACGCGGCUGCAGCCGCGGCCGCCGCCCAAGCUGCCAGCAAUCAGCAUCAUCCCAGUAGUACGGUCGGAAAUGCGGGCUCGAUGGGCGCUACGUCCGUUAGCAGCAUACAACACAGGCCGACCACCUUUUCGCCGACGCUAGCCAGACUGUUGACGGCGCCGGAACGCAGUCGCGGACAUAGAACGACCAUCGGAUCAUCCGGCAGGAAUACCAAGUCGACGUUGAACGAAAUACUAAAUUCCAAGAAAACACGUACCGAAGUUACAAUUACUCCAGUUACGACCAGUACGGCAGGCCCAACGAAAAAUGGCUCCGACGUUGUCUUGGUAGAUGACGACGACGAAUCCGAAGUCGCCGAUCGUUUGGUUAUCGACGAAGGCAGAGAAGUAGUCGCCGAAAGCGCAUCUAACGUUAUUCCAGCCGACCAAGUUCCCGAAUGCCAAGGUUGUCACAAGAAAGCCGCUCAGUUCGUUUGUGCCGGAUGUGGAAAUCAGUGGUAUUGUAGUAGAGAAUGCCAGGUGGAAGCCUGGGAAAAUCAUUCAGAAAUGUGCUCCGGUUAACGAGCGAAAAUAAUAAAAGACUAAAACAUUAUUUUACUUCGCAUUCAGCAACGAAUAGUCAGAACGAUCUCUUAGAUAUUAAUAAAUUUAUAACGGUCACGUAAUCUACAUUUUUAAAACUAUGCUGUAAACUUUAAGACUCGAUUUUAAUAUUCGUCGUUCGGUUGAAAACUUAAGAUAAUUUUUUCCCUUGUUCUUCGAAUUUUUUUCGUAUUUUUUAAGGACAAUCAGAUUAGUAAAAUGGUGCGCAUCGUACGUCGUCAUCGUCGUCAAAAAUGAAAACGAUCAACUAGUCUUUUUUAAAGGUCAGUCAGUUUCUUGCCAUGGACUACUCGAGCAUAUUAUAUUAUUAUUGAACGUAUGCAUCAAUUUAUCGAAUGACAAGUACAUACAUUACGUUGUUUUAAAUUGUUGUUUUAAAAAAAUGAAAAAAAAAAAAUCAAAAUGGGUACGAAAAUUUUCAUCAUAAUUUAUAUCUAUGAUAUCGUUAUUUGUUUUAUUCAACAAAAUGAACUGUUACCAUCAUCGGUGAAACUAUUUAUACUUUUACUGUUUACUAAACGGUUUGUCUCUUCUUUUUUUUUUCUAUUUUUCUUCUCCUUUUUUUAAUUUAUUUAUUUUCAUAUUGUUCGUUUCUCUGUACGGAUAAUUUUAGAAAAGGCGAAACGCUAGCGAAGGUUUUUUUUUUACUUUAUCGGUAUACCCGUUGAGUUUGUAAAAUUACGAAAAGAGCGAUUUUUGUGUUUUA